UAUGGCAGGUUUAAAUGUAUUUGUAGGCUUAUUCCAGGCAGGCACAGUGAAUGAACGGUAGACUGUGUGAGUACUGCGACUGUGGGAAACAGACUCCUGAGUUCGUUUGUUCAUAGGCAAAUAUUUGGAUUCUGUUUCGUUGAUAAAAUAACUUUUCAAAUCCACGCUUUGAUCUUGAAUUGACGUUCUACUCUAAACCGAACUCGUCGGACAUCAUAAAGUCGGGGCAUCCAGCUGACAUCCAUCGAGCAGACUUGUGUCUUCACCGGACUGAUUUCGCCAUGUCCUCCGCGGAUGUGUCGGAGCAGAACCGGCGCUGUUGUGUUUUGUCGUGGGAGCAGGUGCAGCGUCUGGACUCCAUCCUGGGAGAGUGUGUCCCGAUCCACGGGCGAGGAAACUUCCCUACACUUUCCGUUCAGCCACGACAUAUCGUACAGGUGGUGCGGGCUCGUCUAGAGGAACGAGGUGUAGCGGUGCGCGAUGUGAAGCUGAACGGCUCUGCUGCCAGUUAUGUGCUCCACCAGGACACUGGCCUGGGCUACAAGGACCUGGACCUAAUCUUCGGCCUGAGUCUGACUGAUGACAAGACCUUCCGCCUGGUGAAGGAUGUGGUCCUGGAUAGCCUCCUGGAGUUCCUGCCCGCCGGCGUGAGCCGGGACCGCAUCACCGCCCUGACCUUAAAGGAAGCGUACGUGCAGAAGCUGGUGAAGGUUUGCAAUGACACGGACCGCUGGAGCCUCAUCUCACUUUCCAAUAACACUGGCAAAAACGUGGAGCUGAAGUUUGUGGACUCUCUGCGACGACAGUUUGAGUUCAGCGUGGACUCAUUUCAGAUCGGCUUGGACUCACUGCUGCUUUUCGACCGCUGCUCCGAGACGCCCAUGUCCGAGAGUUUCCAUCCCACUGUUCUCGGAGAGAGCAUGUAUGGAGACUUUGAAGAAGCGCUAGGACACCUACAUGCCAAAAUCAUCGCUACGCACAGCCCGGAAGAAAUCCGUGGAGGUGGGCUCUUAAAGUACUGCCACUUGCUGGUAAGAGGCUUCCAUCCAGCCUCCGAGGCGCAGAUGAAGACGCUCCAGCGCUACAUGUGCUCACGCUUCUUCAUCGACUUCCCUGACAUCAAUGAGCAGCAGAGGAAGCUGGAGGCGUACCUGCAGAACCACUUUAACGGCAUGGAGCACAAGCGUUACGAUUGUCUCGUGACUCUCCAUCAAGUGGUAGAUGAAAGCACCGUAUGUCUCAUGGGCCAUGAGCGGAGACAGACACUCGCGCUCAUCUCCUCUCUGGCACUACGCGUGCUGGCUGAACAGAACGCAAUUCCUGCACUGUCUAAUGUUACGUGUUACUACCAACCAGCUCCCUAUGUCAGAGACGUCAACUUCAGCAACUACUACAUAGCACAUGUGCAUUCACCGAUUUCCGCCUGUAACAGCUCCUAUCAAACAUGGCUGCCUUGUAGCUGAGCCAGGAAGGGACCAAAACACUUCUGGGGAAUAUUUGCAGUCUUCAAAUGGUCGUUAAAAUGUCACAUUUCACCUCAAUAUCAAGAGAAAAAAAGAAAGUAUAUUUUGCAAAAAGAAAUUCUAAUUUCUUUUUGCAAUGUGAUUUUCAUUACAUUCUCAUAAGAGCUGUAAUAAUAAUAAUAAUAAUAAUAAUAAUAAUAAUAGUAUUUUUACUUUAUUACUGUGAAAAUGAAAAUAUUUGUUUAUUUAAAUCAACAAACAUUGAAGUACAACUAAUCAGUCCCACCAGGAUAUCGCAGUUUUUUUGUGAAAUUUCUUUUUUUUUUUUUUUUUUUUUGCGAUCAAAAUGACUGAUUUUGUGGUGGCAAUUUCCAGAAAUUUGUGAAACAUUUACAAUGUUUUAUUUAUAAUGAGCACACCACAUUUACUAGAUUAUGUAUUAUGUUUGAUGCACAAUAGUCAUAGAUGUAACAAAUAACAAACAAAAUGCAUAAAUCUGGUUACCAAAUUCUGAUACAUUUUAACUUUUAAAACAACCUAUGAACAUUUUUUUUUUUUUUUUUCAGGCUUAGAAAGGGUGGUGCAUAGUCUUAUAACACAAGUCUUUAGCUAGCUAGGCUAGUCUAACUGUGUACUAUCUAGCUUUAAUAACAUGAUCACUUAGGAUGGGCAAUAUGACCAAAAUCUUAAGCAAACCACAGUAAAACAAAUACUUGCUCAAAAAAGUUCUCAAUUAAUAAAUAAUCAAGUAAACAGUUAGUAAUAAAAUUAGAACUUAUUUUUUUUGUGUACCUAUAGACCUAUAUAGACUUUAGAAAAAGUAAUUAAUUGUCAUAAAAAUAUUACAAUAACAACAAAAUUGUAAUGGUUCUACAAUUUAAUUUUACGUACAACAACUUAAUUUUCUUUAUGUAAAAUAUAAUUUCCUUUUUUUUCCUUGUGAUUUUGAGGUGAAAUAUGACCCAGCCAUUUUUUUUGUCAAGUGUCAUGAGACUCCAAUUAUAGCAAUUUUUUUUAUUUCUAUUUUUUUUUUGUUGCAAAAUUGGAUGGCGACCAGAAGUGAGAUACUGUGUCUUUAUAUGGAUGCUACCAAUCCACCCUAGUUAUAAUGAACAUUGCUGUAUUGGAAGACUCAAAAUGCUUUAAAUUGCUCCAAGUCCACUCAAAAACAUUUUGUGAGGAUUUUUUCCAGUGCAGAUGAAACAAUAACAAUGAACAUUGGGGGGAAAUGUCUAAAAGCACUUCUCUACUCUACAUUCAUGUGUAACCCAUUCAUGUUUUAUAAGUGAAAUGUUUUUAAGUUAUGAAACACAGCUUUUGUUGAAGUUAUGAAAAACGAAACAAAGUCAAGAAAAGCAGUAAAACUGGCAGGAUGUGUUCAAUUCUGAUCAUGAUUUCCUACUUGAUUUCCUUAUUUGAAAAACUGAGGACCAAAGACAUUAGAUGUAGCAGUUUAAGUGGAAUGUUACUUUGUGCCUAAAAAGUGCCUAAAAAACCAACUACAAACUGAAAUGUAUGUAAAUUAAAAAUGUUAAUUGUUUUGUUCUCUGGGCUACUGUAUAGUACAGUAUUUUUAUUUUCAGGGUUAGGGCAUUUCCUUUACAAAUCAUAAAAAAAAAAAAAGAAAAAAAAAAAGAAAAAGAAAAAAAAAGCUGAAUUUGCUCCUAGUCCUUUUCCCUGUAUUCGUAGAAAUGCAUGCGCACACUGAAGUGUAAUGUGUUUAGAGAAGUUUGAUCUAUGUAAAAGUUAAUAUCACAGGGAAAGAAAGAAACAGUGCAUGCUCUGUAUUUUUUUUGUCCACAUUACCCAAGCAUAAUCAAGUAAAUCUCAUCAAGAACAAGUAAUGUUUAACAGCAUUUUGCAUUAACUUAUGCAAAACAAUCAAUCACAAUAAAAAUUAAGAGUAGGUCCUUAAAUAGACUGAAAUAAACUACUUUUGUUACUUUUAUUAUCGAAUACAAUAACAUUUUGACAUUUUAAGUGUUUAUAGGAAAUGUCUAAAUACUUUUUGGGGCCACUGUGCUGUAGGUCUAUGGGACAUGGUGGAUUUAUAUCUCUCAUUGACUCUCAUAGGGCAGGUUGUGCUUGUGUUGCGCUCAUUGUUGCUGAAGUCACAGCUGAUGAACAGCUGUUAGGAAAGCAGUGAAUGUGCUUGCUGAAUAUGCAGUUUAGAAACAGCCGCACCACAUGUUGUAUUUUCUGUAUAUGCUACAGGCCAUUAUUCAAGCACUGGCGUCAUGGUACGUAUUGUACUACUGACUAAUAAUAUUAUUCAGCUUGACAAACAGGAAGCUGUGCCAUGGGCUGUUCGUAAAACUGAGAUUUCAGGUGUGUACAACAUGUUUUCAUGGAUGGAUAAAUGGAUAUUUACGGCUCUUAACCCUUUUGAAAAAAAAAGUGCACUUAAUUGUAUUGAAUGCGCACUUGUAGUGUACUUCAAAUUUUGAAAAAAAAAAAAAAAAAAUGUAUAUUAAAGAAAAUCUACUUGGAGUUAAUGAAAUAAAAGGUCAAUUAAAAAGAGUACACUUUCAUAUGUUUCUUAACACACUUAAGUACACUUUUAGUGCACUUUGUAAUAAUGUCAAAUUAAAAGUACAUUUUAAAUCA